AUGAAAAUCAAGGCGCUGACACGCUCGGUGGAUGACCAUGCGCCUGCGCGGUUAGGAGACGCUGCGCCCGUGCAGCGCAACUUGAAUCCGAAUAUGCAUCCUUUUGAGAAGCCGCGUGAAUACACACGUGCCCUGAACGCGGCGAAACUCGAUCGACUCUAUGCCAAGCCGUUCGUCGCGGCGUUCGAGGGCCAUAUUGAUGGUGUCUACUCUAUGGCGAGGCAUCCAAAGCGUCUCGAUGUGAUUGCGAGCGGCAGUGGUGAUGGAGAGAUCCGAUUAUGGGAUGUAAAUCAUCAACGAUGCACCUAUACGUAUCCACGCGCGCAUGCAGGCAUCAUCCAGUCGCUCUGUAUAUCACCGCUCACCUUCCACGGCGGAGGUGCCUCGAAGCGCAUGCUCUCGUGCUCGACGGACCGCACGAUCAAAGUGUGGAAUGCUGACCCUGUUCCUGAUGGUUUUGGCGAGUAUGAAGAGUUUCGUCCGGCUGACGACGACGAGGAGGACAGCGACGACGAAGCGUCGGGUGCGAGAGACGCGCAUCUUUUCAGUCUGCAGCCCACCAAUUCGACGCCGAAGGAGCCGCUGACUGUGUAUCAAGGCAAGACGGCCUUUCAUUCGCUCUCGCACCACGCACACCUGCCGCGGUUUGCGUCGGCGUCGAGUACGGUGCAGGUAUGGGACUUGAACCGGGGUGGUGGCUCCGAUGCGCUGGUGAACAUGGCCAUGGGUGUGGACGCUGUGCACGUGGUGCGAUACAACCAGAGUGAGACCGAUGUGCUGGCGAGUGCUGGCACGGACCGUGGCGUGACACUGUAUGAUAUCCGCAGCGGCAAGCCGCUGCACAAGGUGGUGCUUACGAUGCGGGCCAACGACCUCGCAUGGUCGCCCGUGGAGCCAACGACGCUAGCCGUGGCCAGUGAGGACCACAACAUGUAUACCUUUGAUAUGCGCAACAUGUCGUCCGCGACGCAGAUUUACAAGGGACACGUCGGGGCGGUCAUGUCAGUCGACUGGGCGCCUACGGGGCAGAGUCUUGUCACAGGCUCCUAUGACCGGACCGUGCGGCUGUGGGACGCCGGCAAAGGUGCGCGCUCACGCGAUGUAUAUCACACCAAGCGCAUGCAAAAGGUGUUUACCACGAUGUAUACGCUCGAUGCCCGUUUCGUGCUGAGUGGCUCUGACGACGGCAAUGUGCGUCUAUGGAAGCAUGGGGCCAGUGACAAGCUCGGCAUUGUCAAUGCGCGCGAACGCGCAAGUCGCGAGUAUGCGCAGGCUCUCCGCAAGCGUUGGCACACCGUCGGUGAUGUGGCCAAGAUUGAGCGCCAGCGCCAUGUGCCGAAACCUAUCCGCACGGCCCAGAAGCUGAGCCACACCAUGACGGAGGCACGUCGCGUCAAGAACGACCGCCGCCGCAAGCAUACCAAGAGCGGGGCCAAGAAACCGACCGCUGCGCGGAAAUCCGUCAUAGUGGAGGAAAAGUCGUAG